AAUGCGCUACAAGAAAUACACUUCUAAUUGUGUAGAAAGAAGCAGUAUUGAUAAUUAAAUAUAUUCAUAUUGAAACCCACUGAUUAAGGCAUUAUUUUAUGGGCCUAGGAAAGUUACACUGCAAGUCAAAUCAAUGUGAAUUGGUCGCCAGUCCGCUAGAUGGUGCUAUUUUAUCAUAUAAACUGCAUUGCCAGCAGAAGUAUAUCACAUUUAAUGGCUCAUUUUUUUUACCAUGGUGGUGCUUGUAAACCCACUGUCUUCGAAUUGUGUUUAUUCAAAAAAUGCCAAACCUAUUUAUACAAUUAAUACAGGUUUGUGUUAGUAUGUUGAAUGAAUGUAGUGUCAUUCAUGAAAAGUACGUGUUUUUAUUCAUUUUGUUUUAUCUUAAAUGAUGGCCGUCCACAGAGAAAUUAUCGUCAAUUUUACAACACCGAUGCAGUUUUUCAACAACUGGACUUCUUUAUGUUUUGUGGAAGUUUUGUACUGAUGGAAAAAGGAUGUUUUUAAACUUUCGACUUCAACUGGAGACACACCAGCUAGCGCUCCACUGAAAGCAAGAAUAUGUUGCUGCUUUUCUGCUGUAAUCUCCCUUGACAGUUGUUGGGUGUCCUCAGAUGAGUGCCUUGCGAAAGGUCACGGAAAGAUGGAGAGUGAAGUUGAGGAGGAGAACGUCAAUUCUGCUAAAAUGGUACCUGAUCCGUCACUUUUAGAAGAUGAUGUGUCUGCCUGUCUGACUUUUCAGCGCCUUGAUGAGAUGCUCUCACACGGCAAAAUUGGGGCGGCCAAAGUGGCCAAGUUGAAGGCGAUCUACAGGCAACUGAGUGAUGCCCUGAAGAGUGCCCAGGACUCAGAGCUACAUCUUUUGGAAGAAACAACAAAGUUCCGUGUCGACCUAAGGAGACUCCAAGCUGAAUUUGAGAGAACGCAGGAGCCAAACUCCUCCGAGGAGCCCACGAGUGAGGCGGGCAGACUGAGGCUUCAGCUCCUGCAGGCGUUCAAUGAACUGAAAGCAGCCAAGGACAGGGACUACAUGACACAGCACCAACUCAAGUGUCUCAGGGAAGAGAAGCGCUAUCUGGUGAAGGAGAACAGCAUUCAGCACAAACCUGAUGAUAUGGAGAGCACCACAAAGACCCUCCAGGAUAAAUAUGAGAAACUUCAAAAGGAGGUGUCCCAAAGACAGGUUGAAGUCAGAAGUCUGAUGGAAGACAUGGCAACCCAUCAAAUGCGGACAUUGCAGGAACAGAAAGAGCUCGAAGACAUGAAGAAAGUCAUUCAGCUCAAAGAGGCCGAGAAAGCUCAGCUCCUCGCCGCACCUGAGCUGAUUUUAAAAGAGAUUGGAGGAAAACGCUCCAAGAGGGAAGCCGCAAUGAAGAUGCUAGAAGAGAUGGACGCCGAAGUUUCAGACAUUAAGCGGCAAACCAAGGAGGUGAAGGAGCACAACUGCCUCCUCAGGGCUCAAAAGGAGGAGCUGGCUGAGGAGCUGGAGGCUCUCAAGGCCCAAGUGGAGGCCGGUGAGAGGAGGUGCAGGCAACUGGAGAACGAGCAGGAGGUCAGUAGGGAAGAAGAGGCGGAGCUAAUGGGGCGCAGGGGGAUCCUGGAAAUGAAGUUGCAGAGUAUCAUGUGUGAGCGAAAGCUGCUCAACGAGAGUCAAUCUGUGCAGCUCAAAGAGAAAAAAAGGCAGAUGCAAGCCUUCAAGAGGAUGGAGCGUGGGCUCGCCGUGGCCACCGAGCAGCUCCGACACACGCAGUCGACCUGCGCCGACUUGCAAGCACGGUUAGACGUUCUUCUGAGAAGAGGGGCCAGUGUUGCACAGAGAAUGGCUCUUCAGAAGGAAGUGGAUGCUCUCAAAGUCAGCUUUGAAAAACAGUUAUCAAAAAGCAAAGAAGCCAGCCAAAAGCAGCAGCAGUAUGGGAUCAUUCAGGAGCUGAUGAGGGAAUCGGACGGCCUGAGAGAAGAACUGCAUCACCUCCGCUGUCUCACAUACAUUAAAGCAGAGGAAAGAGGCCACAAGCACCGUGAGAUGAUAAGAGCUGAGCAAAUGAACCAACACAUCCGGCAGGAACUGCAAGAGAAGGAGCUCAUCAUGAUGCACCACAGCAAGCUGAGCGCUAUGCUGCAGCGCAGAGUGCUACAGUACGGCGGACUGUGCGACUCGAUCGCAGAGGAGAAGAAGAAGUAUGUCAAGCUCAAGCAGAUUGCCUCACAAACCCUCACAGAGUUACUGGAGCAGGUGAAGGUGCUUGAAAAUGAGCUAGAGAUCCAAAAAAGUAUUGCUAUCAGGAAGGACAGAUUACUAACUAAAGUUCAUAUGAAGAUUUCAAAAAGCUGCAAAAUAAAGGAUAAAUUACGCAACAACAUCGACAAGGUUGCUUGGCAGAGCCGCCAGGUUGAUCAGGAGCGUGAGGACAAUGAAGCUGAGUUACGGAGGCUCAGGCAAAUCAUCAGCCACCAGGAGCAAACGCUUCUCGAUAUUAACAAGAACCAGGAAGGAACCGUACAGCGGCGCAAUCUGCUAGGCAUCCAGCUGUUGGAGCACGAGGAGGUCCUAUUCGACUACCAGGAGAAGGUUAACACGCAGGAGGCGGCCAUCAGUGAAAGCAACAUGGGACUGGAGAACCUGGAGAAGGAGAUGAGAGACCUGAAUGUGGCCAUCAGAGAGGUGACGAGACAGAUCGGCUUCAAGAGGAAGGAAGUGCUGGUCCAUAAGAAACUGGAAGAACAGAUUACCAUGCUGCAGAUAGAGUUGCUGGAAACCCGAGAUCAGAAGCUUGAUCAUGUCAUGCAAACAGCAGAUUACAAAGAGCUAAAAGGCUCCGACCCUUCGUCUUCUGACCUGGUCAAGAAGAUUGAGAAGCUGGAGGCAAACCUCGCGGAGCGGGAGAAGCAGCUUUUGGAGAAAGAGCAACGAGUGGACCAUGUGACCCGACUCUCGAAGCCCCUGCAAGAGCAGAACGACAACCGCCAGCUAGACAGAUUGUCACUGGCCAAAAAGGUGAACGAGCUGCGGACACGCAUCAUGGACACCAGCCGUCGUCUGAUGGCCACGUCUGCUGAAUUGUCGAUGAAGCAGGCCACCACACUGUGCCUCCAGCAGGAAAUCAAAGAAAAACAACUCCAGAUGGAUAGGUGUCAGAAGCGUCUGCAGCAAGGUUUGCCACCCUGCCCUGAGAUGGAGGAGGAAUGGAGGAGGAUGCUCCAGGACAAGAAGAGAAGACAGAGAGACAAAGAGAGGAUGGCGGAUGAAGGCGAGUGGAACCAGUUGCCUAACGGUCAGUUCACUACAGCAGACAUCCGGCCCGAUGCCUACAUCCCCCAAACGGACGAGCUCCCUCUCCCCAAGCCCUAUGGAGCACAGGCCCCCUUCAAGCCCACCCAAGCAGGUGCCAACAUGAGACACAUACGCAAACCAACGCACCUCAAACCCUUAGAGCUGUCGUAAAAAUGCAAAGAACAUUUGGAAUAACAGGAAUUCCACUGUCUCCUCAUUCCUGUGCCUCCCUUGUCCUCCUCUCUGAGCAUACUUCCUUAAUUGCUUCAUGGGUGCAUCUGGUUGCAAUCUCAUUCACUGUUUUGUGUGUUUACAGGCAAUAGCUUGUUGUCUGGUUGUGUAUAUAUAUAUAUCCCUGGCACUGCUUAAUGUCGCCCGUCUAUGAAUACACUGCAGCGGCUUUAAGCUGCGAGCUGCCAGCAGCACCGGCUUAAACCCUGAAAGGCGAAAUGUAAACAUCAGACAAUGACAAAGAAAGGCGGCACAGUUGAGCGAAUUGUAGGUGGAGAGGAGGCGAUGUCGCUACAAAAGAAGUCGACUCUAAAUAUACACUUUAUUGCUUUUCUCUUUUUUGGUCGUCGGAAUUACAGUUCCUGUUGCAUAUCAAUGAUUCACAACUUUUUAUGUCUGUACUUACUUAGAUACCAGGGGUGGAGUACUUCAUAUUUGGAUCUAAUUAGGUGAUUGGGUGUAGUUGUUAAACAUUAAAACCAGAGACUAUUCUGGCAAGUAAUGGCUAGAUUCCGAUAAACUAAUGCUAAUAUUAAAGAUAAAACUGAAACAUUUCAGUAUUAGUCAGUGAUUUUAGAUGGAUCGUGAAAUAAAGGAGGAUGUGAUUGGCUGUCUGUCCAGACACGGGACGAUUAUCUAGCUCAAAUGAACGUUUUUACUGAUGCCGACUGUAGCUCAAUAACCAUCAGAUGCCAUCUGCAAUAGAAUGGUUUUACCGUCUUUGAAUGCCUCUUAUCUCCUUCAAAUGGAAUUUGCACAAGAAAGGUGGAAGAAGGUUUUAUCAAUCAAUCCUCCAUCCAUCCAUUUUUUACUCUGAGGGACAUAAUCCCUUCGGUGUCUGUCCCGGGGCUUUCUCCUAGCUGGGCAUGCCCAGAAGAUCCCCUCAGGGAGGCCCCCGAGCCACCUCAACUGGCUCCUCUCGCCACUCUGAGCCCCUCCUGGAUGACCAAGCUCCUCACCAUUUCUUUUCGGGUGAGUCCAGCCAUUCUACAGAGGAAACUAAUUUCACCCGCUUAUAUCCACGGUCUCGUUCAUUCGGUUUCACGGCCCAAAGCUCAUGACCAUAAGCGAGGGUCCGGUACAGCGACCGCAUUACUGUCUACUUCACGUUUUCCUUGAGCUCCUCCACCUCAUGAUCUCGUGACUGAGAACCACGGCCUCAGUUUUGGGGGUACUGAGUCUUUCACACACAGAUGCAAACCUUCCCAGUAAACUCUGAAGGUCACAGCCUGAUGAGGCCAUCAGGACCACAUCGUUUUGCAAAUAGCAUCUCAUUCAACGCCGCAAAAUUGCCUAUUUGGAAUUUACAUGAGAGCAGCAAACAUCGAAAUGUGGAAGAACAUUUUAUGGAUCUCAUGGAUACAAAUGGAUUGUACAAUUAAGAUAUGCUGAAGGGUCGUAAAAAAAAACAAGCUGUGAGCCAUAAUUGGCCCCUGGGCCUCACUUUGGCCACCCCUGAUGCUCACACAUUAAAGAAGCGGAAGUUACUUUUCUAUGGUAUUGUACAAAAGAGCAAUGGUACGUGUGAUCAUCCAUUGCUAGCAGAUGCUGAGAGCCGUCGCUUUCAAUUAACACCAAACUCUUCAGGCCUCAUUAACCAGCUACAUAACACGCACCGGUCAAGGCCAGCUACCGCCGAGGGUUGGAAUUCCGGAUUUCAAAACAGCAAUUUCUGGUAAAAAAAAAAAAAAAAAAUACUUUGCAUGAAUACAGGUUUCAUGGCUGUUGACAGAACGUGACUCAUUUUGAUGACUGUCACUGAGAUCAUUUCCUGACUGCUGAGUCUGUGCUAAAGCAAUAUUUGAAAAAAAAAAAAUAUCCGGGGGCGUUACACUGCAACCCUUUUGGAGCUCUAAUUGGAAUCAUAUUAACAUAUAAAAACGGAAACAAAACAUAAAACUUCAAGUCCCUUUUUUAUUCAAAAGCUGUGUAGAAUCCAUUGUAGUUCACACAAUACUCCCCUAACCACACACUUACAGUUAAAAAAAAAAAAAGAACAUUCAGUCACAUGAUGAAAACCAAACCAGACCUUUGCAUGCGUGUCUUCUUUUCAUCUCCCUUUCAGUUCCUUUUCUUUCACGCUUCUUCCCCUUCUGCGUUUGGCAGGCGUAUUACAAUGAGCUCUACAAAUAAAUCACCGUAUAAUGAAGCCCUGUUGUUCUCUUCCCUCAUUACAUCAAACCCAGUGCGAAUAUUGGAACAGCGUGUGACAAUUACACGAUAACAGGAAACGGCGGAACUGUCACGAUCGGGAAAUGGACCCCUCACAUUUGACCAAAUUUGGAUACAGCGGUAAAAACUCCUGACCGUAGCAAAUGAAGCAAGGGCGUCUUUUAUUGUUCGUGACUUAUCACAAAAUGUGUUAUUUCUUAUUUCUUUCGCUCUGCACAGGCCCCCAUUUUUUACUGUCCUUAACCUUAGAAAGGAAGAACCCCGUAUGAUUUCCCACAUCGCUGACCAGAUGACAGUCACUUAAUCUUCAAAAAUAUUACCUUUUCAUCUUCCAUCUUAUAGAUCCCUCGAGUGUGUCCACUGCUCUCUGCUCAUUUAGAUUUGCUCUGAAAUGAUAAUUGCGUUCGGGUUUAAAGCGUCCCCCGUUCGUCUGUAUGUAUGUACUGUGUCUCGGCUUAUGGAGUGUAUGGAUUGGACUUAUAAAUACUGAACUCCCUCAAAUUGUAAGUGGUCUCUACUUGAAUAGAUGCUGGUAUGCGUUAAGAAGUAUAUAGAAUUUUUUUUUAAUUGUGGAAAAAUAAUAUAAAAUGUCAAUUAAUAUCACUUGGAUUGCACGGGGGUCAAGUAAUUAGCGUGCAGGCCACACAGCUUGGAGACCCGAGUUCGAUUCCACCCUCAGCCAUCUCUGU